AGGGUAGCAAGUCUUUGAAGGUGAGAAGCUCACUGUUGCACAGGGCCUCCGAAAAUAGCAUUGUCAAUAACAUUAUUUCAGAAAAUAACAAUAAAUUACGCAUUUCGGCGGGUUCAGCCAUCUACCGUGAUAAUUUAUUGAUGUGCUUUGUGAUAUUACAUAAUUUAUGACAGUUACCCUUAUAUAAUAAUGUUAGCGUUUUACCAGUCAUCUUCUCGCUUCCAGUCGUUCAGAAGAACUGGAAUCACUGGUUGUCUGCGUUGCUAGUUGCAGCUCAUUUGGCAGCGCUCACUUUUUAAUUUUCACUUCUCAAGCCUCCAAGACCUCAUCCAGCAUGGUUCGCGCUAUCCGCCCCCCCCCUCGCCCUAUCUACACGAACUCCCAAGUCUCGGGGUUUUACUUCCGCCCGUGUCGGGACGAGAACGACGAGGUGAUUCUCGAGUAUUUCCGUUGCCGUUGCGGCACGGUUCGGAAGCAAAAUCAUAGGAACGGGUACUCCAACCUGAUGCAACAUAGCAGGCGGGAGCACCCUGGCUACGAGACCGUCAUGCUCGACGCUACGACGGCGGAGACAGGCUCCCUCGUGAACUUCGUCCGCCACUCGGCGCUCAACCUCCACGGCUGGAUGGUUUGGAUUGUCAUGUGCAACCUGCCACUCCCUUUUUGUGAGAGCCGAGAAGCUCGGCGGUACGUGUAUGCAUAAGGUCAUUGUGUUUACAUUACUACGGAAACUAACAACUAUACUUUAUGGAUGUUAUUCAGCUACUCCAGCCUGGACCCCAUCUCGGAGGAAACGCUGCGGGCUGGCAUGGACGGGGUCGUCGUCGCCGUCGAGCGUUCGAUUGCGUCGGAGCUCCCAGCACGCUUCGGCAUCAUGCUCGACGGCUGGACACACGCAUCUGAGCACUACAUCGCCGUGUUCGCGUGCUAUGAGGUAACCGGCUGUCCCAAGACAACGCUACUCAGCAUGGCCCCGCUGCUGGACGCGCUGGACGACGAUCUCUCCGCGCAGGGCCAUCUCGAGUUUCUAGCGACCACGCUGCCGCGCGAUUACGGCGUACAGCUUGCGCAGUGUCGCUUCCUCGUGGCUGACAACUGCGCCUUAAACCGGCGGCUGGCAACUCUUAUGAGUGUGCCGCUUGUUGGUUGCGCAAGCCACCGCCUGAACCUUGCUGUUCAGGCGGACAUGGCGUCGCAUGAGGAGGACCUGGCUGUUGUGCAGGCGCUCAUGAUAAAUUGCGUACUCUCACCCAAUCUGCCAAACUACGGUAAGCGCCAAUGUGUAUGUGUGGUGUGUCAAUAUGUCUCUAACACAUUUGUGUACUUUUGUAAUUUUUUACAAAAUAGGUUGAAAACGCCACUUCGGCCUGUCAUUCGCCAGGACACGCGCUGGGGCUCUACGUUCGAGAUGGUACGGCGCUACCUCCAGCUCCUCGAGUUUCUUGACGCCGAAGACGACGACCUCAUGGACCUGCUGCCGCCGCUGGCGAUGAACAAGCGACUGCGGGCAUUGUACCAGGAGCUGUGCGACAUCGAGUCGGUCUCGAAGGCCCUUCAAGGCCACGACGUCGACCUGCUGGACGCUCGCGAGUGGUUCGACGAGCUGAUCGCUGUCAAGCCACAAUAUGGGCGCUACAUUGGUAAGUUUAUAACUGUUAAAUUUGUGUUUAAUAUUUUCACUAACAAUUGUAUAAUGGUUUUUAUUUUGCAGGGCCUCGGGCCAACAUUGUGCACAGCCCAGAUUUUGAGGCUGGGUGUGUACGCGUUCUCCGCGGGAAGGCGCAGCGGCUGACGCGUGCUGAAAAGGCCGCUUUGCAGCCCUACGAAGCUGCCAGACCGGACGACGCGGCCGCGAGUGAAGUGGAGGAGGAUCCAGCCGCGUCGUUCGUGGAGCGUCUUCGGAAGCGCCGGCGGCUUGCACAGGACCGUGUCAAGUAUGAGCAGCUGAAGAGCAUCCCACCCACGUCGAACGUGGUGGAACGCUUCUUCAGCAUUGCUCGGGUGACGUUUGGUCACCAACGACACGGCCUGCUGCCACGCACGCUUGAGACGAUUUUGUUUCUCCGCCAGAAUCGGUCGUACUGGGAUGCAACGACUGUGGACAAUUUGAGCUAGAUGAUAAGCUAACUGGUGUCUUGUUAAUAGACUUCAUGCUUUUCAUAAUGGCAUUAUUUAUUGUGGUGCGUUGGGGGCACUGCCAUAAUGUACUGUUGUAUUGGUAGGAGCGUCAGGGGAUAAUUUAUUCAGCAACGCCCAACCUACUAAAUAAAAAUGCCAUAUUCGGAGGCCCUGCUGUUGCAUCGCUAUAUUCUGCGGCAUCAUGACGUGUGUUACUGUACUAUUAUAUGAUGCAGGCGCAUGGCCAAGAUAACGAUGGAUAGCAAAACCUGGU